AGGAGAGAAGAAAAUAGAUGCACAACACCACGUUUUAGAAACCUGUCCUGCUGAUAAGUAAGAAACCAGCUUCUAGGAAGAUAUAAAAAAAAAUCUCCCAUCAUGCCCAGAGCCUAUAGAGUGUUCCCUCUCGUGCCCUCCAUGUUUAGUCUCCCUCUCUACCUUCCCACUGUCUAAAUAAAGAAUAAAACUGCCAAAGGUGAGCUCACUGCCCACUCUGCUGCUGGAGGUUCUCACUUCAGUGUUUUUGAGAACCUGCCAAAAGCCACUUCUGCUUGUGUGUGCUGACAGUGCAGUAGAUGUUUAAGUUCAUUCAAACAGUUAUUACAUAACUCUGCUGCUUAAAGGUUUUGUGGAUGCUGUCUUUUGCAUUUGUCAAUUUAUUAUUAAAUUGCUUGUGAUACCUUGCUGUGAUUGAGCUUGAUAUGAGAUGACUGGUUUCCUCUUUCUCACAGCAGUUCCAAUGUUUAGCGCUACUGUUGAGUACUUACAGUAUUUUGCACUCCCUUUUGAUUUCUCCCUACAGGUCGUGGGUUCAGCUUCAAGCCCUCAGGGCGGCAGAGAAGGCCUUUACUUCUCUGAUGGCCGACGAAAGGUUGACUAUGUUUUAGUCUUCCAUCAACGACGGCCCAGCUCCAUACGAUCUCUUGCCAGCGCCUCAGUUUCACAUGACAGGUUAUCCAUUGUUUCCAAUGGCAACUUUCCUUCAGUGGGCACAGAUCCGGCAGUAGGAAGAGGAGUGGCAUAGCGGGAGGGCAGCCUGCGAGUGUCGGUGAGGUGUUCAUGGAGCUUGGAGGUCCAGCAGGGAAUGAGCCUGCUGACCAUGAGAUACAUCUAAUCAGACAGGAAUUUGAAGCCAACUUGUUGGAGGCCGGCCUGGAGAUAGAGAGAGACAGAGAGUUGAAGAGCCCGAGCUUCACUCGUCUCCAUGCGCCCUGGCCGGUACUAUGUCGAGAGGCUGAAUUUCUCAAGAUUAAAGUCCCCACCAAGACGAGUUAUGAACUUAAAGAGGAAAGUGGGUUCGGGUCCAGCGUGAGCUCAUUCUGGAGGAAACUGAACCACCCUUUCCAGCCCAAAGUACAUCAGGAGCACGGGCGCAUCAAAUUUCUCUCACACUGCUUCUCUAGGGACAAACUCCACCAGUAUAACAUCAAAUGUAAAGACACAUUCUUUGACAAUGCCACAAGGGCCCGAAUAGUGUAUGAGAUCCUGAGACGGACGGUGUGUGUACGGACAUGUCAAACCAUAGGAAUCAGCACAUUGAUAGCUAAAGGCGUGUAUGAUUCUGCCUUCCCGCUUCAUGAUGGUGACUAUAAGGUCAUCGGACACCUUGAGGAGAGGAGUGACAGACAGCUCCUGCAUGAAGAGUGGGCCAGAUACUCAGCCUUCUACAAGUACCAGCCCAUUGAUCUGGUCAGAAAGUACUUCGGGGAGAAGAUUGGCCUGUACUUUGCAUGGCUCGGUGUUUACACUCAGCUGCUGAUACCAGCCUCCAUAGUGGGAAUCACUGUGUUUGGGUACGGCGUGGCGACAGUGGAUACCAAUAUACCCAG